CGUGUCAAAUAUGUGUGUUGUAAAUUCAUACGCUGCGUACGACAGUGUAAGAUACGAAGGAAUUUUGUUGUAAAGUUUUGUGAUUUAGGAAGAAUGUGAAAUCUAAUAUGGGUUCUUGGUGAAUGAAAUGGCUUUUAAGUGUAGAGAGGAUUUAGUAGGGAAGAGAUUUCUAUCAGUUCAGAGCCCAGGAAAACUAAAAGUUAACAAAAUUUGUGAGUGGGAAUGGCGGUCUGGAUUUGUUCGAGCUGUUUCAUUGAAAGAUGUAACCUGUCCGGACCUUGGUAUACUAGUUGAAUUUGAUAACCAAGAUUGGAAAAGAAGAGAGUGGGUACGAGUUCAUGACAUAUUCCAAAUAUUUCUUGUUGAACAUACAGUAAUUUGGGCAGAGAGAGAGGACCCUGAGGAACCAAAAGAAACCGUGUUUUGGCCAGCUUUGAAUUUCCGUUGCAUUGUGGACAGAUCAGGUUGUGCUACAAGUAGAAGAAAACCAGUUGAGUUUUUAGUGGACAAGCAGAUUGCAUUUGUUGAUGAAAAGAUUAUAAAAAGUUUUCAGGAAGGAGAGCAGCUGCAGCAUCCUACAGUAGAGAGGUUCCCACAGGUUGGACAAGCUGUCAAGAAUUGGUUUGAUUACCAGGAUGGUCAGAAGAUUCUGCUGACCACACCUACUGUGUUAGUGGGAUAUAGAGUAGAAGUAUACAGAGCAGAGGGCACUACACAGUGGUACACAGCUGUUAUCCAAUCAUAUAAUCAUUCUACAAAGACAUUAGCUGUUACUGAUGACACAGUUUUAGAGGAACACCAUGAAGAUCCAUGUCUUAUUCAGAUGCGACUUCUUGAUGAUGGAGUGGUAGACUCUAUACUACGAGGAGUUGAGAUUGGAAUAGGACCCCGUCGAACGAGACAGGCUAACAAGGAUAAGGAAAAGGAUCUAACAUCUAAUUCGAUAUCAGGUCAGAUCAUCACCACAGCCGAUCAAAACAAGGCUGGAAAACCUCAACAAAAACCAAUUACUGAACAACAAAAAGAUAAAAAUUCUAGAUCUUCAAAGCAGGAUAGGAAAAGAAAAUCAGAGAAAAUUAUCGUUGAAACAAAACCUGAUGUGUCAACUGUAAAUAAACGAUCACGAUCAUUAGAGACAAGAAAGAAUCGUGUAAAUGAGGAAGUUAAAAAGGACUCUAUUAAAUCUACAGCGAAACCAGCAAAUGUUGUGUCAAACUGUAAGUCUGCAAAAUCAAAGGCAGAACCAAUAUCUGAUCGAAUAACACGUAGACAAGUGAAAGAUUCUACUGUUAAAUCACCAUGCCAAACCAAGGAAUCUAAACCCAUAAAAUCAUCUAAAUCAACUAAAGACAAAUCUGUCAAAACUAAUCCUAUCAAGCGAGAGAGAGGAUUAGAUGACUGUGAUAAAACAUUGAAAAAUUCUCAUAUUGACGAGGAGAAGUCAAUUUCUUGUGAUAUUACAAACACUAAUUCAGUGCAAGUGAAAGAAGAGGAGAAACCAAAGACAGAAAACGAGGAAAGUGAAACUUUAAUAAAAAGUGAAGACACUGAAAAAUCUAUUAGUGAUGACAUAAAACAAAGUGAUAAAAAUGAGGAAGAAAAUACUUCGAGUGAAGUAACUGUGAAAUUAGAAUCAAUUAAAGUGGAAGAAUGUUCAGAGGAUAAUACAACUUCUGAAGAAAAGAAACAAGAAGAAGAUAAUAUGCACUUUAUGAAACAACGUUUGUUAGCAAACAACUCACAAGCAAAUUCUCCGUCUAAUAACUUGACAGAAAAAAUCGAUGUGAAUCAAUCUGUCACCGACCAGCUAACCAAAUUAGCAAAAACCCAAACUCAUUCAUCCAAUAGUUUUGAGCAUCAAACAUCCAGGAAAUCAACUUCACCAUCUACAAAACAUUCAGAAGAAAACCGAUAUGAUCAUGUGAAUGCAUUUCAAUCUCCGCAUUAUAAUAACACAGAAUUUAGGUCUAGUUCUCGUGCAAGUGAACAUUCAUCAGGAACUAGUGAGGAUCGUAGACCUGGGUCACGAUCAGAUAGAAUUAAAAACAGUCCGUCAUCAAGUCCAUUAGUUUUAGACAAAACUGAACCAGUUCUCCCGUACAGGGAUCCUGAAUUAAUGAAGAAAAACACAGUUCACAGCAAUGUGCAGAGUAUGCAUCCAAAGAUGCCUGCAGCCUACCCAGGCAUGCCCAUUCCACCACCAGUUAGUGCUAUGCCUUCUGGGUCAUCGUAUCAGUCCUCAUUACAGAGAUCACAUCUCUCGUCAUUGUAUCAUCCUUUAGCCCAGGUACCCGCCAUGCCAUCGCCGGGGAUGGGUAUAGACCCUGCCACAUAUGCAGCCAUUCAACAACAACAACUAUUACAGUAUCAAUUACUGUUACAAAGGACUGCUACGGCUUACCCAGCCAAUCUAACACAGCAGCUUGAACUCUUGUGGCAGCAGAAACAUCCAUCUACUCCAGUACCCCCACACUGGGCUCUAAAUAAAAACCAAGAAGAAUUACUUCGGGAUUUGUAUGCUUUGAAAGAGAGAGAAAUUGAUAGGUAUGAUAUCAAAAGGAGGGAAAUUGCUGAAAGGGAACGCAUUGAACAGGAACAUUUGGAACGUUUAGAAAGGGAUAAAAUGGAAAGGGAACAGAGAGAAAGACAAAUAGAAAGAGAAAGACAGGAUCGUGAAAGAAUAGAAAGAGAGAAAUUGGAGAGAGAAAGACAACAGGAGGAAAAGGACAGAUUAGAGAGACAAGAAAGACAGAAGAAUGAAUGGAGGAGAGAACAUGAACGGGAACAAAGAGUGGAAAGGGAGAGAAUUCUGAAGGAAUCAGCUGACACUUUAGCUGCUGUUGACAACCACUUUAAACAGUCUCUGAUGUUAGCCAAUCAAAAAGCUCAGUGGUCUGGACCAUCAAUAGUUCAAGGCACUGUAAAGCCACCUAAAUCUGAGCAUCAUGGUAUGGAUAGGCGACAAGAGGCCACCAAAUCUAUGGAGGAAAAAAUCAAACAGGAGAAAGAGCAGCAGUUAAGACAAAGGCAUCAUGUAACUGAAGAACAAAUUCGCCAGGAAUAUCUUCAAAGGGAGAUGAUAGAAAGAGAAAAAUACCUGAAACAUGUUAAAGAAGCUUCUAUUAAACAAGAACAAAAACUAGAGAAAGGAACAAAAGAAGGGAAGGACAUGUAUUACCCUGGGUAUCCAACUCCCUCAUCUACGGCUAAUAUCAAACAGGAACCAAAAUUUAGUUUGUUUGGUUAUCAGCCGUUUCAACAUUCCUAUAUUUCUUCAGAACAAUUGCAAUCAUAUGGAUUAGGGGACAAACACAGAAAAGAGGAAAAAGACUCUAAACGUUCAACUGUGUCUGUUCCCCCUCCAUUGAUCAAAGACAGCAAAUCACAUAGUUCUGUUAUUGUUGAUAACAGGAUGAAAUCAAGUAGUCCACGUCCUGCUCAUUCUCAUCAUUCUACUGUACCGUCCACAUCUCCACGAUCACAACCAAAACCAGCACAUACACCAGACCGCCAGUACUCAUCACUUACAUCAGGCAGUCCCUUGGCUUCUCAUCAUCAGGAUUACAUGUCUCAGUCAAUGGACUUGUCAGCUCAUCGUGAUAAACAUAUCCCUAGAAGUCAUAGUCCCCUCCAUGUAGCUGAUCCACAUCAGCUCUCAGCAGCCAUCUCACAACCUCUUGACUACCACCGUAAGCCCAGAGUUCAAUCUAAGUCUCCUGUGUCUUCCUCCUCUGUGACGGCAUCUAUUGCUCAGCCUCCAGUUACAUUGACUGGUUCCAUGGCUUACAGCUACAGCCUAAUACAGCAAGGACUGGUACCAAAUCCAAUUUACUCUCAGACAACUGUUAAAGCAGCAUCUAGUACUAGUGCUCAAGAAAUCUCACCCGGAAGUCAGGGAGUUAAACGAAAAUUCAACAAGGAGGGCAACAACAGAAAACGCCAGAAAGGAGAAAAUUCCAUGCCAAUACCUAGCAGCAAUAAUUCCAUUCCUAAUACAACACCACAAAUAUUAACCAAUCAUUCACCGUACACAACAACCUCUAGUAAUAGCAGCAGCAAUACAAUAUCUAACAUUACCUCACCAUCAAAUUAUACGGCAGCCGGAUCAGGAUUCAUGGAUAGUUUUAAAACUUUUGUAGAAAAUGCAGUUCAGAAUGCAUUCUUCCAAGAUCCUGAUUUUAAUAAGAAUAAAAAAACGACAGCAACAACAACAUCAAGUAGUAAUAAGGGGUUGUCCCAAACACCCCCGGCUACUUCUAUAGCACCCAGUACUGGUGUGGAAAAUCAGGAGAGACGGAAGAGUGAUCCAAUUCAGUUAACUCCUAUGGCAAAUGAUGAGGCCACUUCAUUGACUCUAAGCAGUAGUACAAGCAGCUUAAAUAGUCAGGUGACUUUAUUGGAAACAAUUAAUCGUGUUGCAAAUGGACAAUUAGAUACAGACAGUGAUACACUUAGUGCUCCUAGUCCCCCACCUAAUGUCAAAUCAGAUUCAUCACCCCACAAAUCAGCAAAUCAUCCAAAACUGAAGAAAGCAUGGCUUCAGAGGCAUUCAGAAGAUAAAGUCUCAACUAAAACUUCACCUCUUUUACAUGAUGAAAACUCUGAAAGUUCAAUUAAAAGUGAAAAGAGUGUCCUCAAUGAAAAAGGUGAAGUGGUCAAAAAUUGUUAUGUGAAUUGUUCGUACAUAUCACCCAGCAAAGAAGGUGGAUCCAAAUCUCCAAUUAGUGCUCUAAAGUUACCCAAUGGUACUGGGAAGGAGGGAGAUGAAAAUGAAUCUACAACAUCAGCAUCAGAGACGGAGACGCAGAUCACUGAUGGUACCUCUGGAAAAAAGCGUACCAAGACAAAAAGAUUAAAUCCUAAAAAGAGCAAAGUAGAUUCUGAUGAUAGUAGCAGUAGUAUAAGUGCUCCAAAACGCAAAACCAAAAAACCAAAAGAUUCCAAAGAACCAGUUGAAAAUCUGAUCAAACCUUCACUUCCACAACCAUUACAGUUUACCUCAGAACUUGAAAUGGAAGUAGAAAAUACAGAGGUUAAUGUGGUCAAAGAGGAAGAACCAGUUGAGAUUGAAAAACCAGAAGAACCAGUUCCAGUUGUUAUGGAAACAGAACCAGAACCAGUGAAAAAGGAGAAAGAGAAAAAGAAACACAAGAAACAAAACAAAGAACAUAAAGAACAAAAAGAACUAAGAGAACUAAAAGAACUAAAAGAAGUUCAAAAGGAAGCUCAAAAGGAAGCUCAAAAGGAAGCCACAUUGAAGGAGGUGAAAGACAUAAUAGCCAGUGUCACCAAACCAGUAGAAUCUAAUCCUGCAGGAGGUUCUAAUUUCAACAAGCCAUUGGUAAAAGCCUCUAUAGCUACUCUGAAAAAGACAUGUCAGCCAUUUUUACAAGCCGGUUCCUGUAGUGAAGUGACUCCAAAGUUAAUGAAGUGUAGAGAGUGUAAAAUGACACCAAAUCAGAGGAGCAAAAAGUUACCGAACAUCUUCUGUAGAUUCUAUGCUUUCAGAAGACUGAGAUUUAGCCAGAAAGGUUUCCUUACGAUUGCUGGGUUUUCUGAGUUAGAGGAUGCUGAGAGAGAUGACAUUGACCCAUGGUUACCUCAUACACCUGUCAUGGAACCCAAGUUAGAUUUGGAAACAUGUAAAUACAUAGCUGCUAAAGUGGGAGAUAAAUUCUGUGAACUGGUGGAACAAGAAAGAAAUGCUAUAGCCGAGGCUGGUGAAGAUGCCAAAAUUGCGUGGAAAAGAGCAGUUACUGGUGUACGUGAGAUGUGUGAUGUCUGUGAUACUACGUUAUUUAACAUGCACUGGGUGUGUCACAAGUGUGGUUUCGUGGUCUGCCUCGACUGUUACAAAGUCAAAAAGAAACAGAUGGAAAGAGAGGAGAAAGGUCAGAUGGAGCCAAUCACCACUGACGAUGAAGAGCAGAGAGAAUGGCUUACUUGUAGUUCUAAUCGACAACAGCAUGAGAUUGAUAAACUCAUGUUAACACAAAUUAUUCCUAGAAAUGCUUUAUGGGAAGUUGGAACACUACUUCAUGAAAUGAGAGCAAAAUGGAAUCUUCCAGCCACCUGCUUGUGUCAGAAGGCUGUUAAAUUUCAACCAAAAAAUGGAAUAAAUCAGCAACUUGCCAAGCAAGCAGUAGAGCAUGGGAAGAAAAUGGUGAAUGGUACCGAUGAACAUGGGAAGUCAUUCAAAGGGAGUAAAAAACAUAAUGGCAAUUUCAAAGCUCAUAGUUACAAUCCAGAUAAUUCAUCUCCAUUAAGUUUACUAGCAGACGUAGCGUCUAUGGACUCUGAAAAUAGCCGAGACCGUAGUGAAUCUCCUUACAGUAAAGUGGACAAAUAUGGGAAAUCUUAUAAUCCUAUCACCGAGCCUGUGUCACCCUGUGGUGGGGGGCAAGGUGGUGAAAAUGAAGGGGAUAAGAAAAAUCCAGCUAGUUGUUCUACUUUGAGGGAAUUAUUAACUAAAACAGCAGGCAGCAAAGUUAAAUCUAGUGAAACAAAAAAAUCGAAAAAGUCUGGAAAUACUUUAGAUGAUAUAAUUCAGUCAGUUGUAGAAAAACAACUACCUAAAGAUGUGGAGAAUAACAAUCCAAUUAAACUACUGCAUUACAUUCCAAAAUUUGGUCAUAGUGGCAUGAUAGCACGGGAUGCUCCCAUUCUAAAACGCACAUUGACAGAAACUAGUGUUUUAUAUCCUGAUGUUCCUCAUUCUUGGCUUUGUGAUGGACGUUUGUUACGACUUCAUGAUGCACGACACAAAGGAAAUAUCAAAAUAUUUCAGGAACAGUGGAAGCGGGGUCAGCCCGUGUUAGUGUCAGGCGUUGAUAAACUAUUAAAUCAAGGAGUAUGGCGACCCUCUAGUUUUAGUAAACAGUUUGGAAAAAUAAAAAAUGAUCUGAUUAAUACACGAACUGGAUGUUUAUUGGUUGGACAUCCAAUGUCAGAUUUCUGGGAUGGAUUUGAAAAACUUGAAGAACGUUUGGUUGAUGAGACCCAGAACCCAAUGUUACUCAAAUUAAAGGACUGGCCUCCUGGUGAUGAUUUCAGCGACAUUAUGCCAAAUCAUUUCGAUGAUCUCAUGCAAGCUUUGCCACUGCCGGAAUAUACUCAUCGUCAUGGUAAACUCAAUUUGGCAUCACGUCUACCUGAUUUCCUCGUCAGACCUGAUCUAGGACCUAAAAUGUACAAUGCAUAUGGCUCAGCUUAUUUUCCUGCUGAGGGUACUACCAAUCUGCAUUUAGAUGUCUCUGAUGCUGUUAAUGUUAUGGUGUUUGUUGGUAUCCCUGAUGAUGGACCCGGUGGUAAAGCAAUACAUGAAAGUGCUGCUUUACAGGCGAUUGAUAACGCUGGAUGUGAUAUCAUAACCAAGAGACGUGUACGAGAGGUGUAUGAAGUACCAGGAGCUCUCUGGCAUAUAUUUGAUGCCAUUGAUGCUGACAAAAUGAGAGACUUUCUGAAUAUGGUUGGGAAAGAAAGAGGUGAAGAGAUAGAAGCAGAACAUGAUCCCAUCCAUGACCAGGCAUGGUAUUUAGAUGAGGAAUUACGUGAACGACUUUACAAGGAGUAUGGUGUACUAGGAUACACUAUUGUACAAUGUAUGGGAGAUGCCAUAUUCAUACCUGCAGGGGCACCACAUCAAGUUCGCAAUCUACACAGUUGUAUAAAGGUUGCUGAAGAUUUUGUUUCUCCUGAGCACUUAAAUAAUUGUGUUAGUCUCACACAAGAGUUCAGAGGUCUGUCAGAUACACAUUCCAACCAUGAGGAUAAACUACAGGUCAAGAAUAUAAUGUACCAUGCAGUUAAAGAUUCUAUGGCAGUUCUUCAGGAACAUGACCCAGAUGAUGAUGACUAAGGGAUUCAUUUAUCUACAUCUUACGGCCUAAUGUGUCUCCACUCAGUGCUAAUGACUGGUCAUUUCUUAACCAGGGAUAUUUAUGUCAGUAAAACAAAGUGCCAUCACUAAAGUGAUUAAGGACACAUUAUAAAUGGCUUUCACAUAGCCACGAUCUCAAUGAUCUCAAAUUUUCAGGGAUAUUUUAAAUCUUUCAACAACACAUAUUUUUGGUUUUUUUCAAGCAUACUUGUCAUUCAGAUUCUGAAAAGAAAUAAACCAUACAUAUUGAAGAGAAACUAUAUCAACAAGUGUAUGGAUGUGUGUGUGUGAGAGAUAUAUGACACAAAGUAUCUUCCGUUGAUCAUUUAGAUCCGUUUUCAGGGAUCAGCCAAAGUAUUUCAUGUGCUUCAUUGAUCAUGUAUUGUAAUGGUAAAACCAUAUUAUGUAAAUAUUAAUCUAUAAAUAGAAGGUUAAUAUCACAAUAGCUCAAAUAACAGCAUCAUGUGCUUUUUACAUGUUGUCAUUUUAAUAAUUGUUCUUCAUUGUUCUGCUUAUACAGAUUUUGUAUUAAAAUAGUACUGUUUAUUUACGUAGCCUUAUGUAUAUAUUAUAUAUAAAAUAUGAUAAAAGGAAGAUAUUUUUAUAUGACGUGGUAAAUUUUUGUUCACAUUUUAAAAAAGUCUAACGAUUAAUGUGAUAUAAAUCACAAAAUGUCAGACUAUGUCAUAAAUACAAAAAUUUGUUCUUACAUAAAUGUAUUUGUUUCUUUAAUGUUGAAAAUUUUAUUUAAACAAAGUCUUUAAUAUGUUAUGGUUUUACUUAUAUCAUAUUGCUGUACUUUAAAGAGAAUAAAAAUACUUUAAAGUUGA